CAAAUUUUUCGACCCUCAUAUAUAUAUAAUUGAUAAAAGUAAUAUUUUCUUCAAAUUUCACUUUUCCGUACAGUUUGUUUUUAGUUCAAUAAGCGACGUAGUCGAAGUUGCUGAAAUGAGGAGCAAAGUUGGAAGGCUGCUGUUGUCCUACAGACCAUUUGUGAAUAAUGGUUCAAAAUACUGCACAUUGUCAGAAGUUACAUCAGAGCAAGAGGUUUCAAAGUUCCAUUAUUCAAGGAGAAAGUUUAAACUUGUGCGUCCAGUUGAUUGCACACCUCUGAGGGAUUUUCCAAGAGAUCGUAUACCAAUGCCUUCCUAUGUUCAAAACCCUACAGUUGGCAAAAUAGAAAAACUUGAACUGAAGAAUAAAGAACAGAUUGAAAAAAUGAGAAACUCCUGUGAACUUGCAAGAAAAAUUCUGGAUGCAACUGCUGGACAAAUAAAGGCUGGGGUAACUACAGAUGAACUUGAUGAGUUUGCCCAUGAGAUGUGCAUUGAACAUAAUUGUUACCCAUCACCUCUCUUCUACAACCUCUUUUAUAAAUCGAUAUGUACAUCAGUGAACAAUGUAAUGAUCCAUGGAAUUCCUGACCUUCGACCCCUGUAUGAUGGAGAUAUCAUUAAUGUUGAUGUAACUAUAUAUUUGGAUGGUUAUCAUGGUGAUGUAUCAGAAACCUAUCUGGUAGGAGACGUUGAUGAAGAUGGUAAACAUUUAGUGGAUGUGGCGAGACGUUGUCGAGAUGCUGGCAUUAGUGUUUGUAGACCUGGACAGCCAAUGAGUGUUAUUGGAGAUGCUAUAAGUGAGGUUGCUGAAUCACAAGGACUUUCGGUUGUUCCUGAAAUACUAGGUCAUGGGAUCGGUACUUACUUCCAUGGUCCUCCAGAUGUUAUACAUGUUGCACAUGAACCUGACGAGGAAGUUUUAAUGCAGAGUGGAAUGACCUUUACAAUAGAGCCACUGGUUUGUGAAGGAAGUACAGACUACACUGUGUUACCAGACGGUUGGACGUGUGUUUCCAAUGAUGGUGGGCGCUCAGCUCAGUUUGAACAUACAAUUCUUAUAACAGAUGAAGGAGCAGAAACAUUAACAAGCUGACACAGAAAAUAACCUAUGUUAGAAUUGUUUUUUAGAUUAAAAUGUAUUUGAGGAUUGAGUGA